AUGGCAAGAACUAAACAAACCGCAAGAAAGACCACGUCAGCAGGAAAAACACCUAAGAAACACCUAGCAACCAAGGCUGCAAAGAAAGUAUCAGCCACCACCUCAGGCGUCAAGAAGCCACACAGGUUCAGACCAGGAACUGUGGCUCUCAGAGAAAUUAGGAAAUAUCAAAAGAGCACUGAGCUCCUUGUAAGGAAACUUCCUUUCCAAAGACUCGUAAGAGAAAUCGCCCAAGAAUAUAAAACUGACCUCAGAUUCCAGAGCUCAGCUGUUCUGGCCCUCCAAGAAGCUGCAGAAGCUUACCUUGUAGGACUCUUCGAAGACACUAACCUUUGUGCAAUCCACGGCAAAAGAGUUACAAUUAUGCCAAGAGAUAUGCAGCUAGCUAGAAGAAUCAGAGGAGAAAGAUCAUAA